AACAUCUCUCCUCUCCGACGCUUUCUUCUAAAUUUGGUACUCCUCCUUUUUCUCUCCUCUUUUUCUGCUCCUCUCGCCAUUUCUCUCUCUCUACUCUCUCUCUCUCUCUCUCUCUCUGCACCCUUUGAUCGAUUCCCAAUUCUUUCUUUCAAACCCAUUUCGCUCUCCUCCCCCCUUUUUUUUCUUUUGGGUUUUCUUCUCUGAUUUUUCAUGGUUUUAGGAACUUGUCAAUUCACCUAAUCUCUAUCUCUCUCUGUUGGUUAUGAUUGUUUCUUGUAUUCAAUUGAAUUCGUCUGUGGAUUGAUCAUGGGAAGUCUUCUUCUGAUUUUGCAAAAUUAGGGUUACUAUGGCGUAAUUUCAGAGUUUUAAUUUGUGACCCAUCAAUCUUAUCCUGUUUUUGAGCUUCUUUGAUUCCAAAAUUUCCAUUCCUGAGAGUGCCUCGCCACCAUUGGUUUGUUAUUAUCAGCAGUGCCUUUUCUCUCUCUAGAAUUUGUUUCCUGGUUUUUUGUUCAGGUCAGAGUAAUAGAGAUGAGUCACAUGACAAAUGAGAGUGAUGAUGAGAUGCUCUCCCAGGAUCAUACUGGUUCACCUUUGAUUGAUGAAGGUAACUGUGGCGGAAGCAUGAAUGGAGGAGUUGUUUUGAAGAAAGGGCCAUGGACUUCUGCAGAAGAUGCCAUUUUGGUGGAUUAUGUCAGGAAACAUGGAGAGGGGAAUUGGAAUGCUGUUCAGAAGCACUCAGGGUUGUUCCGUUGUGGGAAAAGUUGCCGUCUUCGAUGGGCAAACCACCUAAGGCCGAACUUAAAGAAAGGAGCAUUCACCCCAGAUGAAGAAAAGACAAUCAUUGAACUCCAUGCCAAGAUGGGAAACAAAUGGGCACGGAUGGCUGCACAUCUGCCUGGUCGCACAGAUAAUGAGAUAAAGAACUAUUGGAAUACUCGAAUCAAGAGGCGCCAGCGUGCUGGAUUACCUCUUUAUCCUCCCGAAGUGUGUUUGCAAGCGUUUCAAGAGAAUCAACAAAACCAAAAUGCUAGUGGGGAUAAAGGGCAGCAUGAUCUCAUGCAAACUGACAUUUGUGAAAUACCUGAUGUCAUAUUCGACAGUUUGAAGGCAAACCACGGAGUUUUGCCUUAUGUUCCUGAACUUCCCGAUAUUUCUACGAGCAGCAUGCUAAUGAAAGGUCUUGGUUCUUCUCAGUGUUAUGGUUCCGUGCCCCCCAUGGUUCAUCGUCAGAAGCGUCUUCGAGAAUCACCAACCUCAUUCUCUGGGCAUGAUGGUAUUGUCAGAAACGAGCCCUCGCCAUUUGACCAGACACCAGAUGAUAAUUGUGAUAAUAUGACAUCUCAAUUUUUUGGUUUGUCUUUUCCCUAUGAUCCCGAUCCUAUCACAAAGAAUCUGCUGUCUUUCAGCGGAAACCAGAGUAGCCAUUUCCUUAUAAAUGGUAAUUUCUCCGCUUCUAAGCCCACCAAUGGGGCUGUGAAGCUGGAGCUCCCUUCACUCCAAUAUCCAGAAACUGAUUUCAGUAGCUGGGGUUCAUCUUCUCCUCCAGCUUUGCUUGAGUCAGUGGAUGCUUUUAUUCAGUCUCCACCAUCUGGGACCCUCCAGUCAGAUUGUCUUUCACCUCGGAACAGUGGGCUAUUAGAUGCUUUGCUUUACGAGGCGAAGACUCUAAGUACAAAGAAUCAAUUGUCUGACAAAAGUUCAAAUUCUUCUACCAUCACUCCUGGUGAUAAAGCAAACAGUUCUGCCUUGGAUAUAUGUGAGACAAAAUGGGAAGAAUACGGUGACUCCAUAUCACCCUUGGGUAACUCUGCAGCUUCUAUUUUCAACGAAUGCACUCCUGUAAGUGUCAGUGGAAGUUCAUUGGAUGAAAUAACUCCUGAAAACUUUCCUGGAAGCAACGUGAAGUCAGAAGCCGAUGAUCAGACUUGGACUAUGGAUGGAGAAACAAAAGAAACCGCGACCCAAUUGGAUUUUUCCAGGCCUGAUGCUUUACUUGGGUCAUGUUGGCUCGGGCAGAGCGUUGCGUGUGCUAAGGACCAAGGCAUAGGUACUGAUGCUAGAGCAGUGGCUCUAGGUGACGAUUUGGGUAACGACUACAAACAUAUGGCUGCUGGGACUGCAUUGAGUCCAGGAUGGGGGUUUGUUUCGUGUUCUUGGAAUAACAUGCCUGCAGUCUGCCAGAUGUCUGAACUUCCUUGAAACUCGCUCUUUGUUGAAUCUAUGAAAAUUCUUUAAACAUAUAGUCUGUUUUUUCUUUGUUGGAAGAUUUGUUUAAUAUGCACAAUUUGUGGUGAGAGUUACCGCCUGAUGUUUGCGAGCUGUAGUAUUUGUUAGGGCUUUUAUUGUCUUGCUUUUGAAAACAGUUCAUUGCAUGUAUGCCACUAUGGAACUUCAUGGGGUAUAGAGAUGCAUUCAGACUUCCAUUAUAAUUGUAGAAUAAGUAUGCACUUUCAAUUAGGGACAUGUGAUUUCAGAGUUUUUUUGGUUAACAGAAGAAAUUUUGUUUUGCCAAAA